AUGAAGGUGUUGUUAUCUUUUAUCUUGGGCGCGGCACUGGUGUCAUAUGCCACACUGAACAUACAGCAAGGCGCUGAACCAUGGGCUCCUAAAAUCAUGAACAUGUGUCUAAAUCCUGCAAAUAACGAUAUCAGCGGAAAUCUUCGUGUAGCUUACACUGGCCUUUCCAGCACAUUGGAUCGUAUUAUCUGCUUCUAUGUCAAUUUCAAUCAGCAACCUCUCCAUGACUUACUGGGUGCUCCUUUAAUGCGCUUGAUGAUGGGUGCAUUCGGCACUGCUUAUGCCAUCAUGGCAUUUGAAGGCUCUCGUAAAGGCUUCAAAAACACAACUCUCUUGGCCGCUUUCCCAUUGUUUGGUCUGUUAGCUAAUUUUGUUGGUAUCUUCUCGGUAUUCUCUCUUUUAUGGAUCCCACUUGAUUUGUAUUACAGAAACAAAAAGACAGAUACACUGAAUUGGAACAUCACUUUACCCGAGGCUUAUGGUACAUUGGCUGGUAUCGUACUCGGUUACAGUGUCCCUAGUGCCAUCUUGGCCUCGCCUCUUGUCAAGGACGACUCUGCCUUUGAGCAAGACUUUAUUUGCGUCUGGAUGGUAUUGCCCAUGAUCAUUGUUCCCUUUAUUAGCUUUUGUAUUCGAUUUUUCGAGAAUCGCGGCUCCUCUAUUGACGCUAUUCGUGAUCCUGAUUUGAAGGAACGUUUGUAUGUGGCAGAGGGUAAGGAUGCUCUGGAGAGAUCGUAUCUGUUUUUGGGUGUGCUCAAUAUGCUCAAUCACUUUGUCAAUUUCUGGAUUGUGGGUCAAAAGGGUAUUCGUAUCUGGGAUUCCAUCUUGCUGCUGCUGGGUGCUCCUGGUAAUUUGCCUGGUGAUUUGACAUUUGGUGAUUUGGGCCAAUUGCUGGGUACCCGUACAUUAUUGAUUGAUUACAUUGCUUUGACCGUUGGGUUCAUUCUUUGGGCAGUCUUCAGUAGUGGCAUCUUUGCUGGAAUCAUAGUGGCUCUUAUCACGCCUAUCGUGGGCCCUGCUGCAGCUGUCUCGUACUAUGCUUAUUACAGAGAAAACAAGAUUCAAAACAUUGCUUCUGUUGAUGCUGAAGCUGAAAAGGAACCAGCAGCCAUUGCUGAUUCUUCCAAUAGCAGUGAGAAAAAGAAAUAG